GGGGAUUUGUGCGUAAAAAAGGCUUCCGUUGCGCAUUUGUUCUGGGUGCGCAUGACAGUCAAACAUGAUGCGGUUUGGAAACUGAGGACAUUUCUCACUCUGGGAGAUUUCGUCCCUCGUGUCCCAGAAAAUGACGAGUCCUCUGGAGAAAGUGGUGGCCGAGAAGAAGGAGACCAUCGAGGCGCUGAUGGACAUGUUCGAGAAGGGCGCCGAGGUGCUGGCGAGCGCCGUGGGGGAGCUGCUUCCGCUCUGCGAGGCGGCCGCUCCGGUCCUGAAGCUGGCCUUGGACAACGUCCACAGCAAGGAGGUGUUUUACGUCAAGGAGCAGUUCCUGACGGUGAGGACCAAGCUGGACGUGCUGUCCAACCAGCUGGAGGACAUCGAGUCCGAGCUCAGGAAGGGAGACCUGGACCGCGACUACUUCACCGUGGAGGAAAACAUCCGGAACCAGUUUAGGAAGUACAUGGACAUCUUGGAGGCGAAGCCGCAGUUCAGGGAGGUGAAGAAGAAACUGUUUCUGGAUCACUUCACUAAAACCGGCGGAGAGAAGAACCUCUGUGUUCUCUACGAUGCUCUGAUGGGAACCAACACCUUCAAGGAUCCGAUUUUAGACACAGUACAGAGGUAUGUUGGGAGGAACCGGCGCCUCCUGGAGGACUUCUGCGUCCGGAUGAAGGAGCUCUUCUGCCUGGGUUUGAUUUCUCUGCUGGGCUGCUGCGCCCUCACCCAGAGUCCAGAGGAGGAGCAGGACAAGAUCCGAGAGUGGAGCACCAAAAUCGAAGAGGUAGAGUCCAAGAUGAAGGCAGCCAUCGAGUCCUGCAUAGCUGCGUUUCCAGAGCAAGCGAAACUAGACGUGCAGCGCCACCUGCAGGAGACCGAGGAGGAAAAUCUUCAGGAAGCAGCUGAGAGUCUUCUGGAGGUCCUGGUGAAAAAGUACGACUGGGUGUCCUGGUCUGUGCGGCUGAUCAAAAACUCAGGCAAAGCCUUUGAGAACCUGCGAGCCGGGAAGCACUUCCACCACGUGGCGGGACAGAACUGGUUCCAGGUUCUUCGGGGGAACGACGUCUGCCUGGUGGUGUCGUUCAGCACCGCGGCCCAGCCGGUUCCCAGCGACUGCGUGCGGCAGCUGAUGGAGGGUCCGGCCAGGAAGGGCAACGCUCCGGAGGCGGUGGAGGCGCUGGAGAAGCAGCUGUGCGGGUUCAUCGUUCACGCCAUCAGUCGCCACAAAGAGGCUGCAGCCGCCUGGAGCUUCCCGGAAGAAUGCCACUACUGGGAACGCCACAAGAACGUGGCCGUGUGUGUGCACUCGGAAUAACGCUCAAGAGCGGGCUUAAAAGAUUUAUCAUCCAUUUAAAGGGCCAGUGUUACGUAUAUUGUCUCUGUUUCUUUAAGAAGCUCUUGCUCUUCCAAACACUCCACCUUCUGUAUGUCAUCAGAACGACGUUCCUAUCAAGCGAUUAACAGCGUUUCUACCGGCGUUGCACUGAGGCGCAGCUCGUUUUAUAAGUUCAGCAGACACGCAGGUCCACCAGUGUUUGCUAACUGCUGCUGCCACUAGUCUAGAGGAGCUGAGCUGCUCUGUAUUUAGGGAAGCUCGGCUUGGAGGAACUUUGUGGAAACACUAGGAUUUCUCAAACAUGAAUAAAAGAACCAAAGCAACACAGCAGGUGUGUUUUUCAUGAGGGAGUAAAUUUAUAACAACGUAAAGCUAAAAAAGCAGAUUUUACAUAACACUGCCCCUUUAACUGCAGAAAUGAGGAAUAAAACAUCAUUAUGUAUCCCUGUAUCAGCUGAAUAUAACUGCCAGACCAUGUAUGCUGUAGCCACUUUCACAACUUUAAGACCCAAAGUACUGAGUGGAUUCUGCUCCAUUUCACAUGCUUAUUAUCAGCAGUUCAUUUAUUUAACUGCAUCCAGGUAUAACUUCUAUCACUGACGUGUUUAAUGAGCAUAACGUAGAUCCCAGAUAACUGAAGUUUUUAUCUGGGGCAUAUAAAACUCCAGUCCGGAUCACUCUCAUUUCUCUGCAGCUUCUUAACUUUGACCUCAGCCGCUUGCCGUAACGCUGCCGCCUUCAUUCAGCCCCACAGAAAGGCUCUGCUGAGUCGGCGUCUUCGUCCCAGAGCUGCAUGUUUGUUCCCCAGCAGGCUGACCUACAUGACUGACAGGGAACUGAGGCGACUUCUGUCACACUGUGUGCCUUAAGCUCCAGAAUAAAGAAACUCACAACACCCAGCCUGAGCUUUAAAGCUGCAGGAUGUAACUUUUAUAAAAAAAAAUUUUCAAAUAUUUGUUCAAAUUGUCACCAUGGUGUCACAGUUUGUUAUGAGACAGAUGAUCUGUGAAAAAAAUCAGCCUCCUCCACUUCCUACAUGAGCUACGAUUAAACAACCAAUCAGAGCCAGGAGGAGGGGCUUAACGCUGUCAAUCAUCCUCACAUACUUGCUGGUCAACGACUGACUGAGACACAACUUACAGGAAAACUGUUUAUCUGCCAUUAUCUGUGCUCACGACUACCUGUGCUAACUGUAGCGUAGCAGAGACCAAAGGGGAGAGGAAGUAGGAUGAGCAGCGCCACAUGGAGAGGUGAUUGACAGCACGAAGACCCGCCCCUCCCUCUGAUUGGUUGUUUUUAGUUUGCAGUGGGAAAAGGCAGCUUGGUUUUUUCCUGAUUUUCUGUCUCUCUCAUGCUGUUUUGACAUACUGACAGUUACAGCAAUAUGCAAAAAUAAAAAUAAAAAAAAAUGUGAAAGUUGCAUCCUGCAGCUUUAGACCUGCAGGGUUUGUUGGAAAACUCUCCAUCAGGGCACUUUUGACUAAAUCUGAAUGCUCUUUGCAUUAAUUUUCCGUUUCUGGAUGAAGACUGGAACUGCUGUCUUCUUAUGCUGCUGCUGUUGUUUCUCUUUUGAAUUUUGUUUGAAUAUGAAAGGCAGUGAAAUAUUUUCUUCUGUCUAUUAAACAUGAUUAAUAUGAAUGUUUCACUUCCUUUAUUCACAAUAAAAACUCGAGGAUGAUCAGCA